AUGAAGAGGACGGUGCUGCUGGCGCUUGCCAUCCUGGCCCUGCUGAACCAGGCAUUCCUGGUAAAAGGCGCAUCCGUUCUGGGCAUCGAUUUCGGAAACGAAUACAUAAAGGUAUCCAUAGUGUCGCCCGGAAAAGGUUUCAACAUUCUGCUGAACAACCAGAGUAAGCGAAAAAUAACAAAUGCAAUUUCGUUCGGCAGCAAAGUGAGGACCUUCGACGAGGAAGCCAAAAUAUACAGCGCAAAGCAUCCACACCUAACGAUCCAAAAUGGGAACAACUAUUUAGCGUAUAACAUAUUCGACGCAUUGAAAAAUAAAGAAAAUUUUAACGUGGAAAAUUAUGAUGAAAGUAAUGAAGCUUUCUACGCAGAUGUGAAUAAUUACCAAUUUCACCAGGGGGAUGAUGCCACGAGUAAAUACUUUGACUAUGAUUAUGUUGUGGACCACAAGAGAGGAACCAUCAGUUUGAAACUGAAGAAUGAUAUGGUUCUUUCUUCUGAAGAAAUUACUGCAAAUAUUUUGGGCUACAUAAAGAAGCUGGCGUAUAACCAUCUAAAUGUAGAUUACAAAACGAAGAGGGCGAUCAAUGUACAUAUCGGCUGUGUGGUAUCCAUUCCGUGUAAUUACCCACAGAGGAAGAAGGAGGCUCUUCUGAACGCAACCAAAAUAGCAGGGCUAGAAUUACUAGGGUUAGUGAAUGGGGUCACAGCUGCUGCUAUACAUAAUGUACACGACCUUCCGUUGAACACCACCAAGCUAACCAUGUAUUUGGAUGUAGGAAGCAAAAAUAUUAAUGUGGGGAUCGCAACGAUUAGCCAUGUGGAAAUUGACAAAGUGAGGACGAGAAGCGUUCAAGUCUAUGCAUGUGAAGUGAUAGAAAAUAAAUCAGGGAAUCAAAUUGAUGUGAUGCUAGCUGAACAUUUGAGGAAGAAAUUUGAAGAAAAACAUAACUUAUCCAUUUAUGACGAUAGAAAAGCCAUGAGAAAAUUAGUCCUCGCCGCGAAUAAGGCAAAACUGCUGCUAAGUGCGAAGAAGUCUACCGAUGUGUUUAUAGAAAGUUUGUUCAAAAAUAAGAGCUUGGCCGAAACAGUCACUAGGCAAGAAUUCGAAGACCUUAUUGAAGAGGUGAUUCUAAAUUUUAAAGUCCCAAUUAAUAAUGCCCUUAAGAAAGCCUCCUUCGAGUUGAAAGAUAUUGAAGCUUUAGAAUUGAUUGGCUCUGCAUGGAGAGUCCCCAAAGUGCUAAAUGAAAUCACCGCCUUUUUUAACCCCCUAACUGUUGGUAUGCACCUCAAUAGUGACGAAGCAGUCACCAUGGGAAGCCUCUACAUUGCCGCUUACAACAGUGCAAAUUUCCGUUUGAAAGAUUUGAACUAUACAGAUAUUUUGUCAAAUGAAUACCACAUAGUCGUUCGAAAUGGUGAGGAAAACCAAAGCUCGGAUGAUCAAAACAAGCCCAAGGAAAUUAUUGCCUAUAACUCCAGAUACCCCCUUACCAAAAGCGUCAUAUUAAAAUAUAGGGAAAAUGUAAAAUUUUCCAUUUUGGAAAAUGGGAAGGCACUGAAUGAAUAUGUCGUCAACCCUACUGAUGAGGCGACCAAGAAGAAGUACGAAAAGUUAGACUCUCCCAAAAUGAGCCUCAAAUUUCAGCUGGAUAAAUUUGGAAUUUUGACCCUGGAAAAUGUCUCCCUGAUUUAUGAGGAGGAGAAGGAGGUGGAGGCCAGCGCGGAGGCGGCCGAUGGGCAGGCGAAGAAGGAAAACGCCAAUGAGGAAACGAGUGAAGAGGCAGCUGCGGAGGUGAACCUGGAUGCUAGUGCGGCGGAGGAAUCUACCGAUAAAGGCGCGACGGAGAAAGAGGCCACCAAAACGGAUGGAAAAAAAACCCAAGUGAUGAAACACUCAGUGCAGAUGACCUACCAAGUGAAAAACAUUAAACCGGCCCCCCUGACCAACGAAGAAGUGAAUGCCAAAAAGGACAUCUUAAAGAAGAUGGACGAUCACGAUAUUAACAUCUUCCUCAAAUCGGAGAGAAAGAACAAACUCGAAUCUUUCAUUUACGAGUCUAGAAGUAAAAUGAAGCAGGACAUAUUCAAGCAGGUGUGCAAAGAAGAUAUCCGCACCGGGUACCUAAACAAAUUGGAGGAAUAUGAAGAGUGGCUUUACACUGAAAAUGACGAACCGCUAGAAAAUGUAAGCAACAAAAUAAGGGAGCUGGAAGAUGUCUAUUUGCCUAUUAAAGAAAGAGCGGAAGAAUUACAGGUGAGGGAAAAGCUAAUCAAGGACACGAACGCGAAAAUUGUGGAAAUGCAACAAAAAGUGAUUGACUAUACAGCGGCCAAACCAUGGGCGGAAGAAACCAUUAAAGUGGUGAGAGAUUCUUUGGAGAAAGCAAUAGAGUGGUGGAAGAACGCACAGGAAGAACAAAAAAAAUUAGAUAAUUACUCCGCCCCAUUUUUUAAAGCCAAAGAGGUAGAUAUGAAAUUUAAGUCAAUCCAUUUGCUAAUCAAAAGUUUGGAGAAAAUUAAAAAGCCCUCCGAAAAGAAAGAGAAAAAAGGGGACGAAAAUGCUUCAUCCGGCGCGGAGGAUAAAAAAAACGAUGCAAAUGAUGAGCAGCAAGGCAAGAAUGGAUCACAGGAUGGCAACUCAAAUGAGAACAAGGGAAGUGCCGACGGAAGCGGCGACGCGGGAGCUUCCCAAGAUGAAAAUGGCCAGCAGGGCGGCGAAUCGGGUGCAAACCCAAACGAGCCCUCAGACGGGAAUAAUGAGUCCCAGGAGAAGGACGAAUUGUAAGGGGUUAGAAAAGCGCGUCGUUCGUUCCCCCUGACUUUGUUUCCGUGGCCUUUUUUUUGAGUGCCGAUCGGCGGUUUGGCGAGCUGGAAAAGGGAAAAAGGAAGAAGGGAAAAGGAAAAGGAAAAAGGAAGAAGGAAAAUGGAAGAAGG